AUGGGUUCAUUCCCCACCUUCAUACGUGAAGCUCAACAUUCCCCUAGAUCUUUAGACUCAGCAUUCCCACCCUUCAAUCCAGUGCAUAAAUACAAAGGUGUAUACGAAAGAGCAGGGUUUGAUGUAAACAAAAAGGGCUACAAACAAAAUCAUGAUGACGACAGAGGUUCAAACAGAUCAAUCUCAAGCUCAAGUCGUUGGGGACCAAGAAAUCAAUCCAAUGAUUCAUUUGGAAACAAGAGCAAUGGUAGUGGAAGCUACAAAACAGCAACAAAAGAAAGUCUCCCCUUGGUUGGUCAAGUACCAGCACCGAAUAACCAUGGGUCCAAACCAGCAUUUGAAUCUUCUUCAGGAUCAAGUAAAUCCAAUUCAAUGAACUCUUACGAACAAAACAACAACUCAGCUUCAACAAGUCAUAGAACUUCACCUGAAUAUCCACAAUAUCAGGGAGACGCUCAAUACAAUGCUCAAUACAAUGAACAGCAGUAUGAAAGAAAAAACUCACACGCGUCAAAUAAUAGUCAGCAUCUGAUGGGAAACACAAACAACACUGUGCACUAUGAUGGUGUGACAGCAGCUCCAACGUCGAUUAGCACAAGUCCGCACAAACCGCACAAAAAUGUCAAGAAUUUGACUCUCGACUUGAACAAUGACGCCGAAGAGCAGGAAUUUGGAGACCAGCAACAGCAGCAGGAACAGCAGCAGCAGCAGCAGCAGGAACAGCAACACCUGCAAUUUGCCACCUCACAUCAUCCAAACUCGUCAAUGAAUUCAGUCCAUUCAAACCAUUCAGUUCCAUCUCAUCAGUCAAACCAUUCAGUUGCAUCCCACCAUUCUAGUCAUUCAUACCAUUCAAACAGGUCAAAUGGAUCUAACCAUCUCACUCAUCAAGAGGUUAUCGAGGAGAUCCCAGAAGCCAAGGAGAAGGAGAACGCGGUUAUGCAAACCCAUUCAGUCCCUGCCACCACUUCGAAAGAAGACAAAUAUGCACAACAAGGAUAUCAACUACCUACUCCACAGUCUGCUCGUGGUCCAGCUCCACCACAAAUGUACCCUCAGAAAGCUCCAGCACAACCAUUUGAUCCAAGAAAGACUAGAAAACGUCCACCCAUGACACCAAUGGCGAUGAACGGUGCUCCAGGUGGUGUUCCAAUGAACCCAUCUUACCCUCCCCACGCCAAUAGAAACGUAAGUCCAAUAGCCAAUGGCGGUGCAGCCAUACCGUACCCAAUAAGCCCUAACUACUCCCCCAAACUACAACAGCAACCUUUCACCAACCACAUGAAUGGUAUGGCUCCAAUGCCAGGGGCGGGCAAAAUUACAUCUCAAAAUAAUUAUCACCACCAUCCGCACCCGGUGCCACCACCAAUGCAAAAAGGACCUUCCCCUACAGCUAUGUAUCAUCAUGGUGUGUCAAACUCUGGUUUGCCCAGGUCAAUGACUGGAAUACCAAACCCCGUGGGUCAACCACCUAUGCCUAGUUCCAGUAUGCCUAGAUCAAUGACGGGAAUCCCACCUGCGCCACCUAAUUGGCAAAUGAAUCAACCUCGUCCACAAUCACCUGGAUAUCCACCACGCCUGCAAAAACGACCUGUCCCACCACCAAUGAUAAGUCCGAAUCAACAUCAACAACCGCAUUUCAGACCACAAGGUCCAAUGCCGCCGCAACAAAGAGGACAGACCCAGACGAUGGCGCCUCCAAAUCAACAACGCUAUCAAACUGGAAUACCUAGACAACCUACUUAUUCUCAAGUAAGGGAAGACAAAUUGUCCCCAGCUUUGGAUGAGUUUAAACAUGAUUUGGAAAAUCAUCAGUCUUCAUCUCCAAAUAACAAUUUCACUAAGCCAGAGCGUGAUUCAAUUGAACUAGAAAACUCACUCGAUGCCCGUCUUAUGCAAGAUCCUGAUGAGAGAGCGCAUGAACUGUCUCAAGGUCAGCGCGCUGAGUAUCAGCAAUUUUUGUCAACCAAACCGAUGAACAAAUCUGAAGAUUACAAACGUGGGUCUACAGUUAGCUCAAUUUUGUCAAAAGAUUCGAUUGAUGAAGAAGAGAAACGUAUUGAACAAGAGUUGGAAGCUCAAUUGCAAAACUUGAAAAACGGUGGUGAACAUGAGGGCCAAGAAGAAGAUGAAGAAGAUAUCAAUUUGUCACACAAUGUGUCAUCACCUCAGAAAUCGGUCUCUGGUGAAUCAACGGCGUCUACAACUCGUCCUCCAAUCCCUCAGUUUACCGUGCAAGAUGUGGAUGAGGUAAAACAAACCCGUGUUAGUUCGGGCUCUAACAAUACCAAGGAUAGUAAUUGUGAUGAGAUGUCUAUCGCCUCAAUUGAGUCUAUUCAGCCGUUGUCAGUCUCGCACUCGCAUAUCUCUCCCACUAAAAGAGACAUGAGCCAAAUGGAAGGAAAUAGUCCUCAUCCAUAUGGCGUUCCAGAGAGAAAAGAUUCAGCUGAAUUCACCAGAAUUAUUGCUGAAUUGGACCAAUUCGAAGAAGAGAUGCCUCGGUCAACACCUGACAUUUCUGCACUGUCUGAUGAACCCAAUUUUGGCACAUUUAAUGACACAAACAAUACAACAGUUUCACCAACUAAGCCAGCAACAAACUGUCAUGAGCCAGGUGCAGGUCCUUGUCGGUCAUGUAACCAACCAAUUGACUCAUCGGCUAGAGGCUCACUCAAAGCCAUCUUUUCCAAAACUGGAGAAUUGUCAGGCCAAUGGCAUCGUGGCUGUUUCAAGUGCUCGUACAAGGCAUGCGCAACUCACUUUAAUAAGCAAGUUCAAUGUUAUGUAUUGGACGAUGAACCAUAUUGUUUUCAACACUAUCAUCUCCUAAAUGCCACCACUUGUAAGUCAUGUGGUGUGGGGAUCGAAGGAUCUUGUAUUGAAAAUGACUUGGGUCAGAAAUGGCACAUGCAUUGUUUGAAAUGUACCAGUUGUCAUGGACAGAUUGAACAAGAUUACUAUGUCGUUAAUGAUCAAAUCAUGUGUGAGACUGACGCAAAGAAGUAUUUGCAUAAUGGUGGAAGUGGGUCGCAUGAGGAUAAAGUUGAAAAGAGAAGAACGAGGAUGUAUUAUGCUUGA